AUGGCCUCUAUAGAAUUUAGACAUCCUUACUUGUUAUUUAUAAAAUAGCAUCCAAUACUAGAUGAUCCUAAUGACCGUAGGCUAAACUAUAAAGAAUAAGAUUAAUAUACUUGCUGUAUUUGCUACUAAGCAGUGAGUGAUCCAAGACAAUGUUCUAAGUGCAACAUUAUUUUCUGUUCUUUUUGUAAGAUUGAGAUGGCUCAAUUUUUGCUUGGUUGCCCUAAUCAUGCUUGUAGUGACUCAUCCUACAAAAGACCAAGUCUUGAUUAUUUAAAUAGAUACAAAAAACUAGUCGUGAGAUGUCAGAAUAUAGAAUGUGAUAAACAAUUUCCUAUUGAGAAUGAAAAGUAGUAUAUUGAUCAUUUUAGAAGAUGUGAAUAUACUCCGAAAAUGUGCCAGCAUUGCAAUUAAUUCCCGAUUAGGUAGAAACUACUUUAGCAGCAUCAUGAAAAAGAGUGCAGAAUGAUUCCAAGAACAUAUUCUUCUAGAGUUGGAGGAUAGUAAACUUACCCAAUACCCAGAGCUAAAUACAAGAAAAAUAUAGGGGCAACUACCUAAGCAAGUCCUAUGAUAGACCCACUUAUUCCUGCAAGAAGCACCUUCGCUAUGAAAAAGCAAAUGCCUUUCUCUUAUCCUGCAGAAUUGACUGAGAAUUCUAUGGAUUAUCAAAUCUAUGAAAUGCUUCCACAGGAAAUUUCUAAUAUCAAUCUAGUGAUAAACUCAAUAAGUGAAUAGAGGCCUACUAAUAGAGAGAUUAAAGAACAUAAAGAGCAUUUGCUGAUGAUAUAAAGCCAGUUGCACACCUAGUUAACCCUACUUUAUGAACGCCAGCUUAAGGCCGUAAAUCAGCUAUGCUUUGGAGUCGUGGGGAAUGAAAUUAACAUCAUAAACAAAAUAGACAUUAGCUCCUUCAUAACGAAUAUAAGAAGCACUAAUAAGUCAAAAAAUUAAACAGUGAAUAAAUCGUUCACGAAUCUUACUAAAUGGAACAAAAUAGUGAUGGAAGUUGAUAGUAUUAAGAUAUACAAUAAAAAAUUAAAUUUUAUUGGGAUAAGAGUAGUAAUUCCUCGUGAGGUAGCUCCAGAUAAUCAUAAUAUAUAUUAUGCAAGGCCCUUUAAGGUUAUUGACUCAAGUUCUCAAAAAGAGACAUUUAUAUUACUCUUUAGAGAUGAUGCUUCUACAAAAGACAAAAAAUUUACUUUGAGCCUCUGUGAGUUUAAUAAAAAUGGAAAAUAUCUUAGAGAUGUUGGAACAAGUUAUACAUUCAUGAUUGAACAGCUUCCUGAGGGGAGGAUAGGAGAAAAAUAAGUCCUCAUUUACCCACAAAAAUCUCCAUAAUAGAGUAACAUUUAGAUAAGGAAAAUAGCAAAGCUUUCUUACGAAGAAGAUAGUGUAGACAUUUAGGAAAAGAGAAAUUAGCAUACAAUAGCUAAAUUGAAUUUAAAAAUUCAGUUUAUUAAGGAUGAAGAAACUAAAAUUUCUGAACUAAUUUCUUCGCUGAACUAAAAACUUGAGGAAGUUUAAGAUGCAAUAGAAAAUUUGUAAAUAUAUGAGCAUCCAAUUAUUGAUAAUUCUGUCGAAGUUUAUUAACAGCUGUAUCUGAAUCAAUCAUCUUCUCAACAAACACUUGGAGGGUAGAGUAAACAGACAUCUUCAGGUUAACCAAAUGAUGAAACUAAAAGUGGUAGAAGAACUAGGAAUUUGGAUGCUACAAGUCAAGGUUCAAGUAAUCACACCAAUCUGAGGAUUGAUACUGUAGCAAGAUAAGACACCUAGGCGACAUCUGGACCUAAUACAUUUGAGAAAAACAGAAGACCAUAGAUUUAGUUCGUUGGUGUCUAUGAUUCUCCGGCUUAAAUAUUCGAUGAGAAUGAAAACUCUCCAAAAAGUCUAGAGUAAUAUAAUCAAGAUAAUAUGCUUAAAAAUAAAAUGUCAUUGACAAGUAAGAAAGUAGUAAAGGUUCAUCAUAGACAGAUUAGCAACACAACAUAUAAGAAAACAUAAAAGAAUAUUGAUGAAGCUAAUCUGCUUAAUCAAUCAAGAGAAACUGUUGUUCCAAGAUAUAUAGGUUUUAGUUAAGAAUCAAAUUAGAAGUUAGGAUUACAUGUGAAAAACAACAGUUCUCAAGAAGCAGGAUUUUAUGUAGCAUAGCAUGAUUUAAAGAGUAAUAAAUUCGGAGAUUUGCCAAUAUUUUGA